GAUUAAAACACAUAGAAAUGAGGCAACUGGCUUGUCUAUAAACGACAUCUCUCAUUUCUCUCUUCCAGUAACUGUGACUGUGGGAGGACAACAACAUUUGCUGGGACUUUAUGACACUGCAGGGCAGGAGGACUACAACCAGCUGAGACCCCUCUCCUACCCCAACACGGACGUGUUCUUGAUCUGCUUCUCAGUGGUGAACCCCGCCUCGUACCACAACGUCCAGGAGGAGUGGGUGCCCGAGCUGAAAGUCUGCAUGCCCAACGUGCCUUACGUCCUCAUAGGAACACAGAUUGAUCUCCGGGAUGAUCCCAAAACUUUGGCUCGGCUGCUUUACAUGAAGGAGAAACCACUCACCUACGAGCACGGAGUGAAGCUAGCCAAGGAGAUUGGAGCACAGUGCUACCUGGAGUGCUCAGCCCUCACCCAGAAAGGCCUUAAGACUGUCUUUGAUGAAGCAAUCCUGACCAUCUUCCACCCCAAGAAGAAGAAGAAGCGUUGUGCAAAGUGCCACCGCUGCUGCACCCUCGUGUGAAGUCAACUUGGAAAGAAAAGCGAGAUGAGUUCCAUGAAACCAAGCAGGUUAGAAAGGCAAUGAAGGCCACAUGCAACCGAAAUGGGGAACAUGACCAGAAAGGGGUCCUUCUCUACCCAAACACAGGAACCCUCCAUUCUGAGAAACCUCCAAGCUGUAUCACACUAGGCCAACUCACGUCUAUGUGCUUUCCCACCCGUCCAGAGUUGUGUGCAGCCCGUUCCCACUGCUGCAGGCUGCACCGAGCCAACAGCAACCAGGAUGCCUGCUCCUGCUUGACUCCUCACCUUAGGAAUACGGUGAAGGUGCCGUGUGGAAAA